AUGGCCAUGUCAGCUACUGUGCAGUCCAUCCUGGGAAGUCCAGUCACGGGUCUGGCCAAUAGGGGGGGCUCAGGUCACCUUGUGCUCGGCGGCUACGUGCCAGGUCGGCAGAGGAAUGCUAGCCGGCAAGUGCGGUGCUCCGCUAAGGAUGGAGAGAAAGAGGAAUCGACGCCGGCCGCCACUCCGCCUCCACCGAAGGCAAGGGUUAGCACCAAGUUUUCUGACGUGUUCGCGUUCAGCGGCCCGGCGCCGGAGAGAAUCAACGGGAGGCUGGCGAUGAUAGGCUUCACGGCGGCGAUGGCGGUGGAGGCAUUGAACGGGGAGGAUCUGUUCUCCCAGAUAUCGAACGGCGGGAUAGCGUGGUUUGUGGGGACGAGCGCCGUGCUGUCGCUGGCAUCUCUGGUGCCGCUGUUGCAAGGAGUGACCGUCGAGGGGAAGAACGGCCGCUUCAUGACGGCGGACGCCGAGCUCUGGAACGGGAGGUUCGCCAUGUUGGGUCUGGUGGCCUUGGCGUUCACCGAGUAUGUCAAAGGCGGAGCCCUUGUGUAAAUCAUAUGUAUAUUUACCGGGUGAAAUAGUGGAAGAAGAAGAAGAAGAAGAAGACUAGUAAGUAGAACCAGAAGUUGCCGUUUUCAUGAGAAUCUAAUAAGUUUUCUGUAAA